ACUGCACAACGCAACAAAGCAGCGAUAUAGAACCAAUAUAAACUCUUUGUCUCUGACUCGGCUCGAACUCAUUUAUAGCUCUGUAGUAGAGAGGGACCCCUUUCUCAUCAUCGGCUGCCAAUUACGAACGACUAUCGACUGAGUGUGAAUCGUCACGAAGUGGGUCAUUCACAAUCACUUUUCGAACAGAUCCGCACUUCAUUUAGAGGCCACUCCUCAACCCCUUGGCUCACAAGGCCACCGUACGAGUUACACAUACACGAAAUAUUAUACCUAUCCCACCGAAAUGGCUAGUAACCGCAUACGCCGCAUCGCAAAGGAGUUGGGCGAUAUCCAAAAAGAUCAGUCAUCGAGCAUCGAGGCUCGCGCGGCGGGGUCCGGUGAGGAUCUCACGCACCUGAAGGCAACCUUCCCUGGGCCUCCGGAUACUCCCUAUGCUGGUGGUCAGUAUGUGGUGGACAUCAAGAUUCCCGUCGAGUAUCCGUUUAGGCCGCCGGUCAUGAAGUUUGAGACUCGUUUAUGGCAUCCGAAUGUUAGCAGUCAAACUGGAGCAAUCUGUCUUGAUACUCUAGGCUCCGCAUGGUCUCCGGUUCUCACCAUCAAGUCCGCCCUACUGUCUCUACAAUCCCUCCUGAGCACACCCGAGCCGAAAGACCCCCAAGACGCGGAAGUCGCAACGAUGCUCAUGAACUACCCCGAACAAUUCGAAAGGCAAGCAAGAGAGUGGGCUCAGAAGUACGCCGGUGCUCCAGUGUCAAAUAAGGCAACCGGGUCAUACCAAUCACCGUCAAGCAAGCCAAAAGUUGCCAAGACCAGAGAGCAGGAACAAAGGGAACUGAUGUUAAGAUACCAAGGCUACAACAAAGAGCUCAUCGAUCGUUUCGUCAACAUGGGAUUCGACCUUGACCGAGUGGUCGAGGCAUUCAACUUCGUUGGCAUUGAUCGCAUGGACGGCCAAGACUACGAACUCGAGGAAGCAUAUAUGGGAGAUAUCACAGCCCGCCUCCUUGGCGAGCCAUGAAGGGGGAGAUGUUACUACGACAUGACUGGGGAAUAGUGUGCGAGGUGGGAGGGGGUCUAGCAUUUACGUGGCUGCGCGGAGGGCUUGGUUUUGGGAGUGUCCUUGGAGUUCGGUUUGUUGCGCAUUGACUGCCUGACUUUGUGGAAAUCGGCGCUGGGAUAUACACGAGGCAUUAUUUGGUGUUGUUGUCCAAUCCGGACGGCGGGUCUCUUCUCUCAUAAGGCCCGCAUAGCUUACAGUAUUAUGGCGGGCUGGGAUCUUCUACUCCCACGGUAACAUACAUAGCAAUAUAUAAGCUCUUCUCACGUUUGG